AGUUGAGUGGUCGCGAUAGGCCUAGUGGUGUGCACCGAUGGAUUGUUUGGGAUCGGUGUGUUGUGUGUCCCAUUCACGACAGCACUACAGUUAUGAGGCACCCGAAAUGAACAGUAUGCCAGAGAGAAACUCGCGUUCUGGCGAAUGGGCGUCAAAGGUCCAGCUCGCCGGAAUAUUAUACAAGAGACCGUUUAACCAUCAGUCCAACAAGUGGGCGAAAAGAUAUUUCAUUAUAAGGGAUGGCUUUCUGUGUUACUAUCAGGAGAGUGAAAAAAAGGAAAUGGAAAAGCGAUGUUGUAUCAACAUUCAUCCCAAGGGAAUCAUACCUUUAGGAGAGUGCAGUAUCACUCCGUCAAGGGAACAAGGACAGCCAUUUGCUUUUUAUCUGGACAGUGCAGAUAUUCAUGGAAGGAUGCUUUUGGCUGCAGACAGCAGUUUUGAAAGAGACAAAUGGAUUGAUAUGCUGGAAAAGUCUAAACGGAUAACCUGGAAGCACUCUCAGCUAGCAGACAACCUCAUUCGACAGUUAGAGGACCAGGGUCUACAGAUGGCUAAACAGAAGCAGGAUUACUUUGAUCAGCUUCAGAGUGAGGUGUUAGCUUUAUCUGAUCAAAGGGAGAAAACCGAGGAACUCGAGAGGAUCAAUCAGGAACUUGAAAAGGAAAAACAGAAAUUAGAGUCAUAUCAGCAAGAAAUGACGGAGGAAUACGAACGCAUUAGAACUGAACUGGAGGAUACAGCAGAGUGUAUGAGGAUACUGGACUCGGAUAGAGUGGCAUUAUCAGAUACCCUUCAACAGCAGCAAUAUAGUCUGCAGAGUCUGAGUGAGGAGAAGGAGAGGAUUUUGGAGACGUUAUAUGAUCAACAGAGCUCACAACAGAAACUGACAGAGGAGAACCAGAGUCUGGCUCUUACUAAGGAGGAACUACAAUCUACACUCAAACUCAUCGAGUUCCAGACCAAGGAACUGCUUCAAGAGAAAUCACAGGCAGAGGAAAAAAUGAAAGAAAAUGAACAGAGAGCUCGGGCAUUGGAGGAAGAAAAGCAGUUUAUCAGUGGACAUGCAGAGGAGCUCAAAGAAUCCUUAAAGGAUUUGAAAGUACAGAAGGAAAUGACUGAAGCAGAACUAAAGGAGGAGGUUAUGGCCAGAUUAGAUGCGGAGAGGAAACUGAAAGAUGCCGACAACUCGUUACAGAAAUUGUCAUGUGCUGUUGUGUCUCAGACUCCACACAUAGAACAGGAAGUCAAGGAGCAAAUGGUGGUUAACGUCAACAAACUCAAACGAUUUUUCGAGGAUCUGGCAAAUGAGGCCCAAAUUGACUCUGACAAACCUCUUAUUGUGAAAAAUACGAUACAUGCCAGGAAAACAUUAGCUCGGAGAGCGAAAACGAAAAAAUUUCAGCGCAACAAGUCUAGCAGUCUUCGUAUCAAGUCAGCCAACAGCCACUCCGACACACAUGGAGCGGAGGGCGUGAACCUCCGGCGUACUACCACAUGUGUUCCCAGGAAAGGGAUCUCAGUCAAUUUCCCUCUGUCCACCAGUAGUACUUUUUCUGAGGAUCUGUAGUCUACACAACAAAUUAACAAAUCCAUACUU